UAUAAAAAUUCUCCAUCAAUGUGUUGUAUGUGAUGAGAUUUUUCAACAAUAUGAUGAUUUAGAAAAACACAAUAAGAUGCAUGUUAAAGAUGUGAAAACUGCUGAUGUAGAUGAAUAUUGUCAUAUUAAAGGAAAGAAAACUGAUGAUGUAGAUGAAUAUUGCCAUGUUAAAGAAGGGAAAACUGAUGAUGUAGAUGAAUAUUGUCAUGUUAAAGAAGAGAAAACUGAUGAUGUAGGUGAAUAUUGUCAUAUUAAAGAAGAGAAAACUGAUGAUGUUGAUGAAUAUUGUCAUAUUAAAGAAGAGAAAACUGAUGAUGUUGAUGAAUAUUGUCAUGUUAAAGAAGAGAAAACCAAUGAUGUAGAUGAAUAUUGUCAUGUUAAAGAAGAGAAAACUGAUGAUGUAGAUGAAUAUUGUCAUGUUAAAGAAGAGAAAACUGAUGAUAUAUUUGGAUAUUGGCAUGUUAAAGAAGAGAAAACUGAUGAUAUUGAAACUGUUUAUCAGUGUAAUUUGUGUGAUGAAGAAUUUAAAUUCGAAACAGAUUUAGAAAAACACUGUGAAAUACAUGUUAGUCAGCAAGGGCAAACAGGAGAAAAACCUUAUAAAUGCGAUGUUUGUAGUAAAUCAUUUAGUCAGAAUGGUAGUCGACAGAGACACAUGAGAAUUCAUACUGGUGAAAAACCUUUUAAUUGUGAUGUUUGUAGUAAAUCAUUUACUACUGGUGGUCAUCUACAGAGACACACAAGAAUUCACACUGGUGCAAAACAUUAUAAAUGUGAUGUUUGUUGUGAAUCAUUUACUCAGAGUGGAACUCUACAGAGACACAUGAGAAUUCAUACUGGUGAAAAACCUUUUAAUUGUGAUGUUUGUAGUAAAUCAUUUACUACUAGUAGUAAUCUACAGACUCACAGGAGAAUUCAUACAGGUGACAAACCUUAUAAAUGUGAUAUUUGUAGUAAAUCAUUUACUGAUAGUAGUCAUCUACAGGUACACAUGAGAAUUCAUACAGGUGAAAAACCUUAUAAAUGUGAUAUUUGUAAUAAAACAUUUAUACAGAAAGGCAAUCUAAAUUUACACAUGAAAAGUCAUACAGACGAGAAACAAUUUAAAUGCGAUGUUUGUAGAAAAUUUUUAACUACCAGUACUAAAUUACGAACACACAUGAGGGUUCAUACAGGUGAAAAACCUUAUAAAUGUAAUGUUUGUAGUAAAUCAUUCACCACUAAUGGUAAUCUACAGACACACAUGAGAAAUCAUACUAGAGAAAAAAACGUUUAAUUGUGAUGUCUGUAGUAAAUCAUUUUCUGACAGCAGUAUUCUGCAGAAACACAUUAGAAUUCAGACUGGGGAAAAAAUUCUUUUAGAUGUGAUGUUUGUUAAAUUAAAAAAGAGUAAUCAAUAAAAUGUAAAUGAAAUGAAAUGUGGUUUUACAUCCUACUGUUUAAAACCUUGAACUAAAAUAAAAAAGAGUAAUCA